AUGCAAGCCCUAUCAUUGCCGCCUUCCGCCACCUGUCACCUCCACUGCCCCAUAUAUAGCCGCCACCCCACCACCGCUCUAUCCAAACCUCCAUUAUCACCCAUGGCUGAUAGCCCACCAACGUACGAAGUUGAAAUCCAGUCACAGUACCAUGAAAGAGGCGGCCUUUCAAUUUCUCAAAUUCUAGCACUCAUCACACUUCUUCCCACUGGCGGCACCCUCCUCCUCUUCGCUGGCCUGACCUUCGCUGCCAGCAUGGUUGGGCUCGCCGUCGCCACCCCGCUGUUCCUGAUAUUCAGUCCAGUUCUCGUCCCGGCGGCUGUCGUCGUCGGGCUUGCUGUGAGCGGCUUUAUCACGUCCCAGACCUUGGGAGCGACGGGAGUGUCGGCGUUGUCGUGUGCAUGGGAUUACCUUCAACGAGUAUUGGAGUCCUCGCCGUUGAAGGGUGUAGUGGAUCGGAUGGGAAAGGGCCAUGCCCUAAAAGACGGCCCCGUUAGUUUGGUUCAAUUCGAAACAUAGGCUGGUUUUGUUAUGGUAGACGUAUCCAGUUGGGGCUUGGUGCGUUGGAUCAUGUACAUCCCAUCCUAUUUGGCUAUUAAGUUAGUAGAAUUGUGUUCAACUAUUUGCAUCUCUGUAAUAGUUUAGCACCCACUGCUAUUCAUAUCAAUAAAAAGUUUGAAAUACAUAAAA